AUGGCACCUGCUUCCAACAUCGCAACGCUUGUUGCGCGAUACUUCGGUAGCUGCCCUAGCGGCUACUACGUCAGCGGCGGUUACUGCUACCCGAAUUCUCGGUGGUACAGCUGGGGUCGCUGGGUCUUUGCCGGCGUUGUCAUCGUCGUCUUCAUCAUUGUCAUGGUGAUGCUUGGAUGUCUGAGCGCGCGCCGCCGCAGGAGAAAGGGUCUGCAGCCUAUGUACGGUACCGGCUGGAUGGGCGGCAAGCCUGCCUACCCUCCUCCCCAGUACAGCCAGAACGCCGGACAGUACGAUGCGAACGGCGGCGGAUACUACAACCAGGGCGGCUACAACCAAGGCUACAACCAGGGCUACGACCAGAACCAGGGUUACUAUGGCCAGCAGCAGACUAACAUCCCGCUGCAGCAGCCUGGCAACACGUACUACCCGCGCGGCGGCGAGGAUGUCUACUCGCCGCCUCCUGGACCCCCUCCUGGAACUUCGCCCGAGAUCAGGAAGUAG